AUGGUUUGGGUUCAAUCUGUAGUUCAGAACUGGACCUGGCCACCACUAGAUCUGUUUAAUGGACAUAGUAGCUGUUGUGACAAACAAAAUGCUGAAAGGUUAUUAGUAUUCUGUGAUGGGACUAGCAUGGAUGGCAAUUUGUUGCAGCAUGAAUCUGGCAAUACAAUAACUGCCAGCACAAUAUGUCAAAUCUCAGGAUGUUGUAGAAAUGGGAGGCAUCAAUUUGUGUGUUACCAAAGUGGAGUUGGUUUGAAGGCCAAUUUUGAGGAAGCUUCAGUAACUAAGCAGUAUGGUGUUCAGUCUAUCACUCAACUCAGAGGGACUGGGAACCACUGUCAGUUUCCAGAUGUCAUUUUCCACACCUAUUACCUAACCAGUCUUCAACCUCCAGAUGACUGUUCAGAGGUGCCUUAUAAUACUGCCACAAAACUGUCUGUGUUAAUUGUAUAUCAGCAGGUUUUGAGUAUUCUGAGGCAUAGUCCUUCAUUCUGGCUCAAAAACAAAGAAAAAUCAUGCAAAACAGACCAGGAUUGGAAUACUCAAAACCCACUGAUAUACCCACGGGUAACCCAUGCAGUUCCCUAA